AGCUCUGCGUGCAGCACGAGCCGGGCUCUCCUGCAGCCCCAGCUGGACAUGGUGCUGCUGCUGCCGGAGCUCACCUUCCUGACCGGCAUCUCGGAGAUCAAGAAGGACGCCCGCAUGCUGAAGGACGUGAUGCAGGAGAUGCUGCAGAGCCCCCAGCAGCACUACGAGUCUCUGUGCAGCUUGCUGCGCCGCAUUCAAUGCAACAAGGAGGCGUUGCAGGAGCUGACGCGCUGGGGGCUCGUCCUGAGCCCCGACAUCCACACGACCCACGGACGCAUUCUGCCCUCGGAGCGGGUCAACCUGCGGCACUGCUCCUUCAUCCCCGCCGAGGGCGUGAACUGGAACAAGGAGGUGGUGCGGGAAGCCGCCAUCUCCACGGUCGACGUGAACUGCUGGCUGCUGGUUUACCCGCGGCGCCUGCAGGACGUGACCAAGAAUUUGGUGGCUGUGAUGAGGAGCACCUGCGGCCCCAUCGGCAUGCACAUCAACCAGCCCGCCCUGGUGGAGCUGAAGGAUGAGCGCCUCGAGACCUACGUCCGAACCAUCCGCAGCGUCCUGGGCAAUGAGGACAAAGUGCAGCUGCUGCUGUGCAUCACCAGCAGCGCCAAAGCGGAUGUGUACAGCGCCAUCAAGAAGCUGUGCUGCGUGCACAGCCCGGUGCCCUCCCAGGUCAUCAACGCGCACUCCCUCCUGGGGCACUCGGCCAAGCUGAGGAGCGUUGUGCAGAAGGUGCUGCUGCAGGUGAACUGCAAGCUGGGCGGCGAGCUGUGGGGGGUGGACAUCCCUCUGAAGCAGCUGAUGGUCAUCGGGAUGGAUGUGAGCCACGGCAGGGGGACGCGCUCCGUCAUCGGCUUCGUGGCCAGCAUCAAUCAGGUGCUGACCCGGUGGUAUUCCCGCGUCGUGUUCCAGCUGCCGCAGCAGGAGAUCGCCGACAGCCUGCGCCUCUGCCUGGCCAACGCGCUGCAGCAGUUCCACGAGGUGGGGGCAGAGCUGGGGGUGCCCAGACGGCAAACGGCCCCGCAGCCGCCGGCCCUGCGCGAGGCUCGGCCUUAUCCCACCGCUGCUGGGGUCGCUUCGCCCUCAGGCAGCACCACGUCGCUCCUUUGUGCGUCGGCGCCGAGUGCUGCCCGGUUGUUCCGUGUCCCCAGCAGUGCAGCACCAGGGGCUGCCAGGCCGCUGCCAGCUCGUGUCGCUUCCUCUGACCCCAGCUGUGAGGCUGGGGGCUGUGCUGGGGCUCACGCUGUGCCCACCCACCAACUGUGCUGAGCGCAGCGAGGGCAGCGGGGGAUCCGCAGGGCUGAGUCCUUCCUGUGGGCAGCCUCAGCUCCAACUCCUCAGCCUCAGCUCCCACCUUUCAGCCUCAGUUCCCACCUUUCAGCCUCACCUCCAACUCCUCAGCCUCAGCUCCAACCCCUCAGCCUCAGCUCCCACCUUUCAGCCUCAGCUCCCACCUUUCAGCCUCAGCUCCAAC